AUGCCAAGCUUUGUCAAUCUCCUAACUAGUCAACUAAACCCACAUACCAUUGAGCUUGGAUCAUCAGAACUACCUCGGUUUAGUAGCCAGUGUUCUGAUGAUCCAGGUCCACCAACUGAAGACCUCAAAGAAAGGAGGAAGUGGAGUCCUAAGGAGGACCUAGUGCUGAUCAGUGUUUGGCUCAACACAAGCAAAGAUGCAGUCGUCGGAAACGAGCAGAAGGCUGGAGCAUUUUGGAAAAGAAUACAGACGUAUUAUAACAACAGUCACCAGCUGCUUGGUGAGAAACCGAGAGAGUGGAAACCUCUCAAACAAUGGUGGAGCAGGAUUAAUGAGCUUGUUUGCAAGUUUGUUGAUCGCCUCUCCACAGAAGUUCCUUUCUUUCAGCAAUGA